AUUUGGACGUCAUCUUACUCUGGACUAUCAAAAUUCACAAUAAAAUUUAAAGCGUUCUACAUUUAGUAAACACACAGGCGGUCAUUUGGUCGUGUUUCGGCCCUAAAUUGUUUAAUACGUUGAUUUAAAGUUGGAUCGAUGGACGGAAAGCUGAAAGUAUGCAUCAUUGGCGCCGAGGGCUGGGGCUCGGCCAUUGCAGCCGCCGUGAGCAACAAUGUCUUGAAGGGAGACUUCGACAGCCGGGUGCACAUGUAUGUCUACGAUGAGAUGAUUCGGAACAGCGUCCUAUCGGAGAUCAUCAACAGUCGUCAUGAGAAUGUCAAGUAUCUGCCUGGGAUCAAGCUUCCCAAAAACCUGGUCGCUGUUAAUGAUCUCUUGGAAGCUGCCCAGAAUGCAGAUAUCCUGAUAUUUUCCACGCCACAUGAGUUCGUCAAAUCCUACUGCAACAUCCUCUCCGGAAAUCUGAAGGAGUCGGCCUUUGCCGUGUCCAUGACCAAAGGCAUGGUACGCGUCCGUGGUGCGGAGAUUGGUCUCGUGUCGCACACCAUCAGCGAGCGACUUGGCAUUCCGUGCUACUCGAUGAUGUCCGCUCAUAGUGCCAUGGAAAUGGCUCAAGGGAAGUUGUGCGAGGUUACCAUCGGUUGCAACGAUGAUGCUCAUGCCAAGUUGCUGACUGCCGUCCUGCAAACCAACAACUGCCGAGUUAUUUCUGUUAAUGAUGUUGAUGGAGUGGAGCUCUGUGGAACGCUGACGGACGUCAUUGCCCUGGGAGCAGGGUUCGUCGAUGGGCUGCGACUGGGCGAGAACGCUCGGGUGGCCGCCAUCCAUCUGGGCAUUAAGGAGAUGAUGCGGUUUAUCAAGACGUUCUUCCCGUCCGCCAAAAUGUCGACAUUCUACGAGAGCUGCGGUGUGACGAACUCUGUGGCUUCGAGCUAUGUCGAUAAAAACGCCACCUUCGCAAAGAGUUUGAUUACCUCGGGGAAAACUAUCGAGGAAAUAGAAGCCUACCUACACAAAGGUCGCAGGAUACUAGGACCCAAGGUGGCCAGUGAUGUAAAUGUAUUGUUGGAGAGGGAGCUAAUGCAACACGAAUUUCCGCUUUUUACGGCCAUUCAUCUCAUUUGCCAAAAUGAAGCUUCGCCGGACCUUCUGGUGGAAGCACUGCGAAAUCACCCAGAUUUGAGCAAUUCGUCGAUAUCGCAAUUACUUAUCCAUGAGAAGGGUGAGCCAAAUGUGGACCAAGUGCUAGGUCAGGUAGCUGACACCCUUCCCAAACUGAGGACCGCCUUAGAUAAGGUAUUGGCGGAGGCCGGAAAUGAGAAUUUAAAGCACUUAAAGGUGACGGAAGACUGGACGGAAGUUAACGAUUACGACGUCGAAGAAACUGAUCGCCGACAAAUGGCGUCACAGGAUGAGAUCGAACAGCUCCCCAGACAACUGAGUGUGCAAGCUGCCCGGCUUCAUAAUGACAUCCGAGAAGGGAAUGUGCAGGUGGCCUUCAAUAUGGACAUCGAAGAGGGCGAACGGCAUGUGCGGCUCUUGCUGGAGGAGGACAGAGACGAAUUUAGAAACCAAACGGGGUCUUUAAUAUCACCCCGAUUGGUUGCAGGCCAAGAGAGUGAUAAUGGCAGGAUGGGUCAGGGAAACUUCAUAAACUCUUCCUCUGAUCACAUGGCCACCAGAGGUCCAGAUACGCCUGAUGUCCUUGACCUGAGUUCCGAAUCUGAGCCACUGAAUCCGUUAAAUAAAAAUAGCAAGCCAAUGGAUGAUGCGAAACCAAAUCCCUCCAAACUUUUAGAAAUGGCUAAUUUGAAAUCUAAAAUCGACGAACAAGAAGCGGCUAAUUUUAAAGCUCAGGAAAAUCUAAUAAAAUCAAUUAGGCAAACUAUUCAAGCUCUCGGUGAUAAAGAAAAAAUGGAAAAUCUAAUCGCUAGCAGUCAACUAAAGGAGGAAGCUUUCCAAAUGAAAAGCCAAGGAGAGGAGGAAGCUUCUCAAUUGAAAGGCACAAUGGAUGAGGAAACCUCUGAAGCAAAAACAGAAAAGGUGACGGAAACUUCCCAACUAAAAAGCCAAACAGAGGAGGAAUCUUCUCAAAUAUUCGAGGAAACUGUUCACAUAAAUAAUGAAAUGGAGGAGGAACCUUCUCAACUGAAUAGCCAAAUGGAAGAGGAAGCCCUUGAACCUAAAAAGGAAAUGGAAUCGUCAAAACUGAAAAGCCAAAUGGAUGAGGAAUCUUCAGAACUGAAAAUCCAGAUGGAUGAGGAAUCUUCAGAACUGAAAAGCCAAAUGGAUGAGGAAACUUCAGAACUAAAAAGCCAAAUGGAGGAAGAAACAUCUCAACUUAAAAGUCCAUUGGAUGAAUCCGAAUUUAUAGGUAAAAACGCUGAUGAAGAGUCACUUCUAGAAGAAACAACAGGUAAACAUCAGUACAAAUUGAGAUCAAAUACUGAAAACCUUAAAGCUCUUAUGUUCAAUGAAUCCGAAGAGCAUUUGGAGGCCGAAAAGCAUGUUGAUAUGAAGCUGCAGGACGAACACGAUUUUGAUUUGGACGAGGAGCCAGCCAUAGAAAAGAAAAACCGUACUUACACUAAAGAGAACAUGGAGCUGGAGGAGCUGCUCGAGUGGCAAAAGCUAAUGCGACGAGAAAAAGAUAAUUUAUACUCCUCAGCAGAACUGGAAGACCCCGCAGCUUGGGAAGAAAACUCCAGGCUCCCGAUCGAGCAUGAAGACAGAUUGCAGGAUAUGAGUAGCAACCAGAAUGCAGAACUCAUUCAAGUACGAGCUGAGAAACAGGUCAGCGGAGCUGAGGACCAGAGUCUGUUGAACAAGGUGGACGAUGCAAAGUUUCGCUACUAUAGCGAAAACAAAGCUGGUGAGUCUGGUACCCAUGAGUGGGAUUGGUUAAAAAACAAUGAGGGGAUCGAAUCCGAAGAGCGCAUGACCGAAUUUUCCACCAACGAAAUAAAUGAAACUCUCAGCAAAUCCGACCAGGAUAAGCUGCAAAAUCUUACACAUCAACUUAAUGAAGCCUUGCAGCAUGAUUUGGACAUAAUGUCGGCUAGCCGGGGUGAUGAGUCCAAAGAAACCCUGUCCGGUGAGGACUUCGAUCCCGAAGCUGCUAAGAAAAUCACUGAGCAGCCUGGAAAUCCCACUCCCUCCCAAAUUCCCGCAGUGCCAUUGCCGAUGCCUUUGCCCAACAAACAGUCCCACAUCCGCGAGGGCACUCCACAGUUCCAGAAUCAGCCCCGAUCUAUUCCUCCACCGUCGCCUCAAACCAAACCGCCCUCGCCCAAGGAGCAGCAGCCUCAUCCCAUCAAAUUUGAGCACAUGGAUGAAGUCUCUCAGCCUGAGAUGUCAGUUGCUGACCAGGAGGUCCCUGAGAUGUCAGUUAAGGACCAGAAGGUCCCGGAGUCUAAGAAGGUAUCCAAAAUAGAGCCCGUAAUUGAGCCGGUGGUAAAGGAUGCUUCUACACCGCCACCAAAACUCAAAGGGGAAACUUCACCUACAAACAGCCGGCCACAGAAAAUAAGUCACAAAAGUGACUCUGGUAAACCACCUGGAGAAGGCACUCCUGCAGAACAACGUAAGACUACGGGAACAACUGAAAAGCAACGGAAAAAUAUAGAAAACCAGAAGGCCCAGCUGGAAAGAAUGGGCAAAAAGAUCAGCGUUAUGCGAAAGGGUCAGGACCGUCGGGUCAGCUACAGGGGCGAAAACCCCUUCAGGGGGCAGCCAGAUCUAGACUCGAGGCCGCCGAUGGACACCAGCCACGAAAAUGAAAGAGCGGGGGAGUCCCAAGGACUGGGCCACCAGCGUCGCAAGGUGGUGGUGACGGCGCCCUUUCAUCCCCCUAUCAAUCCACGAAUGCGCGUGCCACGGCCACCCUUCGAUGGACGGGAUCAUGAGUUCCACACGAUGAGCGUCAGACCGAUGGGGGAACACUUUGUUUCGACGGUGAAGUGGUACCCCAUGCCCGCAAGUCAGAGGCAGAAUCGCACCUCCUUGGUGGCCACCAUUCAGGCGAAACAGUUUGGCGCACUACCCAGCCAGGGACAGCCCAUCCCGCGACCCUGGUUGAAGAUUCCCUCGGGAAUGCCACGCACACCCACGUUUACAAAGAUCAUUUGCGCCCUCCAGUUGGGACUGCUGGCCACCUACCUGGCCCAGCGAAGGAGGGACUAGUCGCUGGUUAAGCAGCUAAGGAUGCAAAGAUUUGACGAACCCUAGCUCGGCGUCUCGAUUCCCCUGAUGCAGGCACAAGCAGCUCUAAUGAAUAUAGAAUACUUUAAUUUUUAUACAAAUAAAGGGUGUUACGUCUCAUCUUA